AUGGAAUUAUUGAAAAAUCGAAUUCUUUUGCUCGAAGGACCAAAGUUUCCUUCGUUCGACUUUAAUUUUUCUGCAAAGACCAACAGCAACAGGUUUCGUAUCAAAGAUCAAAUAAUAUUCUUGUAUUCUUCAGACGCAAUACAGGGAUCCGCUGAAAGUCGUGACGACGAAAAAGAAGAAAGUCAUACUGUUAAAACUGCUGGAAGUGUUUGGGAUGCAGUAAACAUCGACACAGGUUUAAUACUUGCUAAAUACAUUGAAAAACAAUCGAUCAUAAGCAAUAAUGAUACUUUAAAAAUUGAAGGGAAAAAAAUUAUAGAACUGGGAUCUGGAAAAUCGAUUCCAUCAAUUGCAGCCAUAAUACUCGGGGCAAGAAGCGUCACGAUAACCGAUUCGCCGAGCGUUAUACCAUCGAUCUUGAGGAUUAUGGAGUUGAACAAAUUGAAAAGUAAACAUGUUCAUGUGAGAGCGCUUGAUUGGGAACAAAGAGAAACGUAUAUAGAGCAAUUAAAUAACAACGACGACAAUGACGACUCCACACCAUAUGAUUAUAUUUUUGCAGCGGAUGUUGUGUGGGUUGAUUAUUUGAUUGAGCCGUUAGUGGAAACAAUUGAUG